AUGGAAAAGCCUUUGCUUUUGUAUAUAUUUAUAUUCUACUGGCAUUUCCUCAAUGCUCUAUUCACGGUUGAAGCUCCCCAGUCACUCUACAUUGUGGAACACGGGAACAAUGUGACCAUGGAAUGCACGUUUCCAGUGAACGGGAAAUUAAAGUUUAGAGAUUUAAGUGUCAGCUGGGAAAAGAAAGAUAAGUUAAAGAAGCAGAUUUAUGUACUUGUCAAAGGAGAGGAAGAUUUCAAAAGUCAGCACAGUGACUUCAAGGGAAGAAUAAAAUUGUUGAAAGAGAAGCUGACCUUGGGACGGUCUCUCCUUCAUAUCUCCGAUGUCAGGCUCAUGGACGCGGGGGUUUACCGCUGUGUUAUCGACUACGGAGGAGCCGAUUACAAGAUGAUCAAUCUGCAAGUUCAGGCUCCUUAUAGAAAUAUAACCCAAGGAGUGGUGAGCACAGGAGACAACAAAUGGAAGUUGACGUGUCAGUCAGAAGGAUACCCACAAGCUAAAGUGAUAUGGCAAAACAGAGAACAUGAAGAUUUGUCUGAUAAGGCAAACACAAGUUAUGAAACUGGAAGUGACCAGCUGUAUCGUGUGACAAGCACCCUCACAAUCAAAAGUAGAACCGAUGAGAUUUUUCACUGUAUAUUCUGGAAUAAGGAGCUGCAAGAAAAUACAUCUGCCAUUUUACACAUAGCAGAUGCAGCUGAUGAUGCUCUGUGGACUGAGAGCAGACGCUUUAUUGGAGCAAUUCUCAUUGUGACUGCUUCCUUUGGAUCAGUGCUUCUAUUUAUGCUUUGCAUGAGAAAAGCUAGAGCCAUUAAGGACAACAGAGCAACUGUGGCUAGUUCAUCAAUAGCAAAGCUGUCGAAAAAUAAGGAUACACAUGACUGCAGAGGUGCUUCUUUCGAAGACGAAGAGCUGAAAUAUAUGCAAAUUGAGAAGACCUAG